UUAGCGUACAGUAGUUUGGACAGAGAUCCGAUCAUAUGGCAUACUGUAUGAUAGUAUGAUCGCUAAUCUCCGUGGCACCUGGCGACACAAUAUAUGCGUAUAUAUGACUGGCUGCUUUGGAUAAACGUUCUCGUAUCAGUUCGUCUGUCACACCUUCUGUCUCUAGCCGUUCGCGAUGGCGGUGGAACAGUUUGUGGCAAAGACUCUUGAGCUCUUGCAAGAGGAGAGAGAGGCUGAAAUAGAGGAAACCAGGGUUUGGCAGGAGAACAUCUCCCCAAAGGAACUUCAAAACAAAGGCGUAUGUCUGUUGAAACUGCAUGUUGGGAGUCAGUCCACUGGCAUGUAUGGACGCACAGUGGUGCUCUUCGAGCCAAGGAAACAUCUUGGAUUCACUUCUCUUCCAAGCAAUAGCUUUGGACCAGGCGACAUCGUAGGCUUGUAUGACACCGGGGAUUUCAAGGCCACCUCUCAGAUUAGCACGGGAAUAGUGACAAGGGUGACCCAGGUAUCGAUCAGUGUGGCCUUCGACGAUCCUAAAGAUGGACUCGGUUUUGAAGCGGAUGCUCUUUACAGUCUUUUAAAGCUGGCAAAUGAUGUGACCUAUAAAAGGAUGAAACAAGCGUUAAAUGUGCUGAAUGGAUACCACAAUGGACCAGCAGCAAAUGUAAUCAGCGUACUUUUCGGGGACUCCAAACCUUCAUCUCACUCCCAGCCGAAUAAAGUGGAGUUCUUUAACUUAAAUCUGGAUGAGUCCCAAAAAGAAGCAGUGUCCUUCACUAUCGCUCAGAGAGAACUGGCCGUGAUCCACGGACCCCCGGGGACAGGGAAAACCACCACUGUGGUGGAGGUCAUUCUGCAGGCUGUCAAACAAGGCCAAAAGGUCCUGUGCUGUGCCCCCUCCAAUGUGGCUGUUGAUAAUUUAGUGGAGAGAUUAGCCCGGUACAAGGCCAAGGUUCUCCGGCUGGGCCAUCCUGCCAGACUGCUGGAGUCCAUACAAAAACAUUCACUGGAUGCCAUUCUAGCGAAGAGCGACAACGCGAACAUCAUCGCUGACAUCCGCAAAGACAUAGAUAAGGCUUUUAUGGGGAUGAAGAAGGUGCAUGACAGAGGAGAGCGGGGGAAUUACAAAAGAGAAGUUGGAGAACUCAGAAAAGAACUGAAAAACAGAGAAGCCACAGCCAUUGGACACAUUCUGAAAAGUGCCGACGUCGUCUUGUCGACCAACACAGGUGCAUGUGAUGAUGGCCCUCUGAAGUUCCUGCCGGCAGAUCAUUUUGACUGGGUGGUGAUAGACGAGUGCGCUCAGUCUCUGGAGAGCAGCUGCUGGAUUGCUCUCCUGAAAGCGCGGAAGUGUGUCCUGUCUGGGGAUUACAAGCAGCUACCUCCAACUAUCAAGUCCCAAAAGGCGGCAUCUAAAGGUCUAGCUCUUAGUCUCAUGGAGAGACUCAUCCAGACGUAUGGGGACUCAGUGGUGCGCAUGCUGACGGUGCAGUACCGCAUGAAUGAUGCCAUCAUGGAAUGGGCCUCCAAAGAAAUGUACCAGAGUCGACUGACUGCUCACGACUCGGUGAAGAACCACCUGCUGAAAGAUCUUCCAGGAGUCACCAGCACCGACGAAACCAGCACCCCUCUCCUCCUCAUCGACACCGCAGGUUGCGGCUUGACCGAACUGGAGGUUGUGGAUGAACAGUCCAAAGGCAAUAAAGGGGAGGUGGAUAUUGUUGAGCUGCAUGUCAAUGCACUGACUGAAGCUGGAGUACGUGACAGAGACAUUGCUGUUAUUGCUCCGUACAAUUUACAAGUGGAUCUUCUGCGGCAGAAACUGUCUCCAAAGCAUCCAGAGAUGGAAAUCAAGUCAGUGGAUGGAUUCCAGGGUCGAGAGAAGGAAGCGGUUGUGUUGUCUUUAGUUCGCUCCAACAGGAAAGGUGAAGUGGGAUUUCUGGCAGAAGACAGAAGAAUAAAUGUGGCGGUGACACGGGCCAGACGCCACGUCGCCGUCGUGUGCGACACUCAAACAGUACAGAAUCAUGGUUUCCUGAAAUCCCUCGUGAGCCACAUGACCAAGUUUGGAGAGGUCAGAACAGCCUUUGAGUACCUCCAAGACAUUGUCCCGCAAAAUUACGUGCGGGAGGUUAAAGACAAAAAGCAAACAAGCAGCUCCUCCACCAGACAGAAGGGUUCUGACCAGAUUACCAAAAGGCCAAAGAUGAAUCAGAAGAAAAUGCCUGAUGACCGCAGUAAAUCUGGAUCCAAUAAAGAUAUUAAGUCGGUAGUAAAAGAUGAACAAGAAAGCAGAAAUAGACGUGCUGAGAUCAAGGAGAAGCUUGAGAACUUCCUGAAAGAUUUGAGUCUCAGUGAGCUGGAGUUUCCCUCGUCGUUCAGCUCUCAUGACCGGCUGCUGGUCCACCAGAUCGCUGAGGAGCUGGGGCUUGUGCACGAAAGCAGAGGAGAAGGGAAAGAGAGAUGCAUCAGGGUGUCCAGAAAGCCAAGCUCUCAAACACAGGAGGUCAAAGCACGAGAGAACGACAUGGAAGAGGCAGAAGCUGUAGCUCAGGAAGUGAACGCCAGCUCACAUCAACCACCCGACCCAUCGGGUCCACCUGAGGUGGAUUUAAAAAGUUUACAUUUGGAGAGAAUGAGGAGAGAGCAGCAGAAGAGAGAGGAGAACGCUCGACAAAAGAAGCAACAGAAUGGAUCGCACGCUAAUAUGUCGAAGAAGGCGGGCUCGGCCAAAGGAAAGAAGCAAACCAAAGCAGGAGCCUGUGAGAUCGCUGCUGCUGCUUCUGCAGACGAUGACUUUGACUCUCUCAUCAGCGCUGUGGUGAAGGCCGACAGCGUGUGCGGCUUCUUCAAGUGUAAAGCCUCGGUGCUAACUCUGGGGCAACUGUGCAUCUUCUGUAACAGACAGUUUUGCCUCAGUCAUCACAUCCCAGAGGUUCACGGCUGCGGCGACAAAGCCAAGUCUCACGCUCGGAUGAGAAUCAGCAAGGAGGGAGUUCUGUACGCGGGCAGCGGCACCAAAGACAAGACCAUGGACCCGAAUAAGAAAGCUUAUUUGCAGCGGAAGCUGGACUCCAGGCUGAAAGACAUGGCCUCACAACGGAAAACAAAAAGUAAAGAAAAAGAGAAUUAGCAUCAAAUAAACCUCUGAGUUUCCUGUGUUUCUUCCUUUUUGUCUUUAUUUGAAAGCUGUUUAUUAUUUUUAUUUGAUUCGUGCCCGUCUUUCAGACACACCCGACUCAGGUUUUAGAUGAAACUGUGCAACACUGCUGUGUAGCAGUUGAUACAAGCCUCAUCCUCUGUUAGGACCAGGAGGAAAGAUGGCAAACACAACAGCAUCUAUUUUUAGGUUUAAUUACACCUUACAAUAGGAAACAUACAAGUGCUUGUGCGGUUCAGUGUCAUGUUAUAAAAUUGCAUUUAACAAGUAGUUUGAAAUGUUUACAUCGAUGGUGUCAAAAAGCAGCUGAUGUUUAUGGUAAUGCUGUGAACGACUGUGUUUUUAGUUUGCCUCGCAUGCUUCUGUCGUUCCCACCUGGACAGAACAUCAAGAAUAUGAAGCGUCACGUACACUCUAGUGACCUGCUGAGUCAAAUGUAAUCAUUUAAAUAUGUAAAACAAACUCCAAAUUUAAAUUGAGAAACACAAAUUAACUGAUUUUUUAAAAUAUAUAUGUAUAUCAAUAUUUUUAGCUGGAUGUAACAAUAUUAAAUACACAAAUUUGAUCUAGAAAGAGAACUUUGAUUCCUUGAGUUUAAAUAGAACAUGCAUCACUAUCUCCACUAGUCAUACCAAGUAGUUAACAUAAAGUAUAAACAGAAUACAAUAGACGACCGGCAACAAACUGCAGCUUUCAUGAGGAUGAGAAACAAAUAAAUAUUACAAGAUAGGAAUUUCUUUCGAUAACACAAUGUGUGUUGAUCCGGCUCCUCAAUCUCACAGAGUAAGGAGAACAAAACAGCUGUGUAUUCCCGUUUUCUUUGUAAAGACAUCAAAGUUUUUAAACAGUUAAGAUAUUGUAGUUAGCUGUCG